AACGAAGGAGUUAAGAAUCCACCCACUUGAGCUUCUGUGGGCGUUACUAGCCUGCCUGAUGUCAUGAAGUCAGACAGCCCAAGCCUGAAGGGGGCCCUUUGUUGGCAAUUUAACCUAGCACUUCUUUCUGACUCUACUGAGUGUUCGGCGGCCUGAGAAUGAGGGGCGGGUGGCAGUUUGGAGGCUGCCAUAAAGAAUAACUGCUUUCAACUUUGUUGGUUGUUUUUUUUUUCUCCCGCCAAAAGAAGAGCCCCAAAGGAACAAGACGCUGUUCCACUUUAGUUACAGGCAACAUGGGCACAAUGGAGGACCCCCAUUUCUGGGCACUUUAAUGAUCUAAAGCUUGCUGGAUUUUCAGCCUUCUCAAAAGGAUUUGCAUGUGAGAGACUAGUCCAAGAAAAAGGACGGGGAGGGAGGGAAAGAAAACACAUAUCAAGGACGCUUUCUAACAAAUGAAAAUGUUGGAGAUUUGUUUGAAGUUGGUGGGUUGCAAAUCAAAGAAAGGACUUUCUUCUUCCUCCAGCUGUUAUUUGGAAGAAGCCCUUCAGAGGCCAGUAACUGCAUCUGAUUUUGAGCCACAAGGUCUGAGUGAAGCAGCUCGUUGGAACUCUAAGGAAAACCUCCUUGCUGGUCCCAGUGAAAAUGACCCUAACCUUUUUGUUGCACUGUAUGAUUUUGUGGCCAGUGGGGAUAACACUCUAAGCAUAACUAAAGGUGAAAAACUCCGUGUCUUGGGCUAUAAUCACAAUGGAGAAUGGUGUGAAGCCCAAACCAAGAAUGGACAGGGCUGGGUCCCGAGCAACUAUAUCACCCCAGUCAACAGUUUGGAGAAACAUUCCUGGUACCAUGGGCCUGUGUCACGAAAUGCCGCGGAAUACCUACUGAGCAGUGGAAUCAAUGGCAGCUUUCUGGUUCGAGAGAGUGAGAGCAGCCCAGGCCAGCGGUCCAUUUCAUUGAGAUAUGAGGGAAGGGUGUACCACUACAGGAUAAACACUGCAUCUGAUGGAAAGCUGUACGUCUCUUCAGAGAGUCGCUUUAACACUUUGGCAGAGUUGGUUCAUCACCAUUCAACAGUGGCAGAUGGAUUGAUCACCACUCUGCAUUACCCAGCUCCCAAGAGAAACAAACCCACCAUAUAUGGAGUGUCUCCUAACUAUGAUAAGUGGGAGAUUGAGAGGACAGACAUUACCAUGAAGCACAAACUUGGAGGAGGACAGUAUGGAGAAGUGUAUGAAGGCGUAUGGAAAAAAUAUAGCCUAACUGUGGCUGUGAAAACCUUAAAGGAAGACACUAUGGAGGUGGAAGAGUUCUUGAAAGAAGCUGCAGUAAUGAAAGAGAUCAAACACCCUAACUUAGUACAAUUACUAGGGGUGUGUACUCGGGAACCCCCAUUCUACAUAAUCACCGAGUUCAUGACCUAUGGGAAUCUGUUAGAUUAUCUACGUGAGUGUAAUCGGCAGGAGGUGAAUGCAGUUGUGCUGCUAUACAUGGCCACUCAGAUCUCAUCAGCCAUGGAGUACCUGGAGAAGAAAAACUUCAUCCACAGGGAUCUUGCUGCCCGAAACUGCCUUGUAGGGGAAAACCACUUAGUGAAGGUGGCUGAUUUUGGCUUGAGCAGAUUAAUGACAGGAGAUACCUACACAGCCCAUGCUGGAGCGAAAUUCCCAAUCAAAUGGACAGCACCUGAAAGUCUGGCUUACAAUAAAUUUUCCAUUAAGUCAGAUGUCUGGGCAUUCGGGGUUUUGCUUUGGGAAAUUGCUACAUAUGGUAUGUCCCCUUACCCUGGAAUUGAUCUGUCACAAGUAUAUGAAUUGUUGGAAAAAAAUUAUCGCAUGGAACGUCCUGAAGGCUGUCCAGAAAAAGUCUAUGAACUCAUGAGAGCAUGUUGGCAGUGGAGUCCUUCUGACCGGCCUUCUUUUGCUGAGAUCCAUCAAGCCUUUGAAACAAUGUUUCAGGAAUCUAGCAUAUCAGAUGAGGUGGAAAAAGAGCUGGGGAAGAAAGGUGUACGAAGUGUUGUCGGUACAUUUCUGCAAGCCCCAGAAUUGCCAACUAAGACUAGAACAUCCCGGAGAGCUGCUGAAAAUAAAGAUGCCAGUGACCUUCUGGAUACUUCUCAUCCCAGGAGUCAGGGAGAAGAUCCUUUGGAUCAUGAGCCUGCUAUUUCUCCACUGCUCCCAAGGAAAGAAAGAACUCCUCAGGAUGGUGGCUUGAAUGAAGAUGAACGCCUUCUCCCUAAAGACAAGAAGACUAACCUGUUUAGUGCCCUAAUUAAGAAGAAGAAGAAAACUGCUCCGACACCCCCCAAACGCAGCAGUUCUUUUCGAGAGAUGGAUGGCCAUUCAGACCGCCGGGGAGGUGGAGACGAAGAGAUCCUCAAUGGCACUUUUAUUACAGCUCCCUUAGACACAGCUGAGCCAUCUAAGUUCCCAAGUCCAAGCAAUGGGGUGAAUGUUACCAAUGGAGCUGUAUCAGGGAGCUCAGGCUUCCGGUCUCCCCAUUUGUGGAAAAAAUCUAUUACAUCAACGAGUAGCCGGUUGGCAGCCAAUGAAGAAGAAAGUAAUACCAACCCUAGCAAGCGUUUCCUGAGGUCAUGUUCUGCUUCUUGUGUGCCCCAUGGGGCCAAAGACACAGAAUGGAGGUCAGUAACACUGCCUCGAGAUCUGCAGUCCACUGGGAGGCAAUUUGAUUCCUCCACAUUUGGUGGGCACAAGAGUGAGAAACCAGCUUUGCCUCGGAAACGGGCAAGUGAGAAUAAAUCUGAUGUGUCUUCCCGGGGCACAGUGACCCCACCACCCAGGCUACUGAAACAAAAUGAGGAGGCUGUUGAUGAUGUCUUCAAAGAUACAGAGUCUAGCCCUGGUUCUAGCCCCCCCAGUCUGACUCCAAAAGUUGUCCGCAGGCAGGUCACAGCGACUGCUUCCUCUGGUCUGUCCCACAAGGAUGAAAUUGGGAAACCUAGUGCUGUAGGAGCUCCUGCUGUCCUUGAACAAGCCCCUGUUAGCAAAGCAGCCUCCAAUGCAUUUAUGGGAACCAAUAAGGUCUCCAGUGAGGAGCCCAGAACUAGGAGGCACAAACAUUCUUCUGAGUCAUUAGGGAAGGACAAGGGGAAGCUAUCCAAACAUAAACCUGCCCCACCUCCCCCACCAUCAUCAUCUGCUGGGAAGACUACAAAGUUCUCUCAGAGUCCUGGCCAUGAAGCAGUGGGAGAUGGAGGACCUAAUAUUAAAACAAAACAGUUGACUCUGGCAGCAGAUGCUGUGAAUAGUGAUGCUGCCAAACAAAACCAGUCAGGAGAGGGUGUCAAAAAACCCAUGCUCUCCUCUGUACCAAAGCCACAGUCAUCCAACAAACCAUCGAUGGCUUCAAGCACUACUCCAGCCACCUCUCCCUCUACUUUACCAUCUACAUCGUCAGCCCUGGGAGAACAGCUAACUUCCACUGCUUUCAUCCCUCUCAUAUCCACUCGAGUGUCUCUGAGGAAAACCCGCCAGCCCCCUGAGAGGAUUGCUAGUGGUGCCAUCACAAAAGGUGUGGUGCUAGACAGCACUGAGGCCUUGUGUCUUGCCAUCUCCAAAAACUCUGAGCAAAUGGCCAGCCAUAGUGCUGUGUUGGAAGCAGGAAAAAACCUGUAUACUUUCUGUGUGAGCUAUGUGGACUCUAUCCAGCAGAUGAGGAACAAGUUUGCUUUCAGGGAAGCUAUCAACAAGUUGGAAAAUAACCUCCGAGAGCUUCAGAUAUGUCCUGCAACAGCAGGCAGUGGCCCUGCUGCCACCCAGGACUUUAGCAAACUUCUCAGUUCAGUGAAAGAAAUCAGUGAUAUUGUUCAGAGGUAGCAGAAACCAGGAUUCAGCCUGCCAGAGUUGAUUGCUGACAUGUGCAGCCUCAGAGCUAUGGUAGACUGACAAAAGACCAGUGAAUCAGUGUCUCUAGGACAGGAAAAGGCAUAUAGGGCACAGUCUGUGUGCCUCUGUAGAGCACAUGCAGCCUGACUGCCUAGGCCAUGGGAUGGCAAUAUGAUAUGCUUUUCUCCCUUUCAGCCCAAGUUCCCUGAGUCUUUGCUAUUCUGAAACUCAUCUGUAGAGUUCCAUCUCUGUGACCUGAAGCCAAAAUACCAAGGCCCCACUGUCCCUUUUUUACUAACAUUUCUUUGGAAUGAGCUUUAAGUUGGAAGUGAGAAUAGAAGACAUGGGGUUUUGUUUUCCUCCUUUCCAGAGAAAUUCCUAUGUCCUCUUUCCAUUUUCCCAAAGAAUGACUUCUGAACACUAACACAUUUGAGCCUUUCCAGUAAAGUAUUGCUAACACUCAUUUUUCCUUGUCCCAUGCAGGGACUAGUCCUGUUUAAUUUUAAGUCUCCUAAGCUAGAAAUUAUGUUUCAGAAAAUAAAAUAAAUACUCAGAAGGGUGCUCAGAGCAAUCACUGCAAGGUUGGCCCCUCUGAUUUACUUAGUGGACAAGAGCUAAAUUUUUCUCGUUCUCUUAUGUGAAGGAACGCCAUUGAUUAUUGGAUAGUAGGUUGCAGUAAGGGAAACAGCUGGGUGGCUCACAUAGUGAGCAGUGAAGAUCAAGGAAGAGGCACAGGGGUUUGGGAUUAAGGUCAUCUAAUCUCUCCUUUCUCCUGAAGAACUGACCUUCAUUUUGUGACAUGUAGUGCCAAACAGGGGCCAAUAAACUUUGGUUCCUAAAGAAAACAGGGUUGAUGCUGCUGCCAUAACAUAGGGAAGGAACAGAAAAGAAAACGGGGGACCAUUGGCUGAGUUGGUCAGGAAUUCAGAGCAGUCUGAAUCUGUGCAAUUGGCAGAUCUGAGACCGCCCUUUUACAGUUCUAGUCACAGGAUGACAUACUGAGAACAGAAGUCUGGAUCCAGUUGGUAUAUUCAUUUAUUUCUUCCUGAUGCAUGCCUCAGCAAAGCCCAUUUUCAUCACCCUUUUUGGACACAAUAGCCUAUCUCAUUUUCUACAUUCUUGAAGGCUCUUUGAGCAAGCUCCAUUCUCUGCAAAGCUAUGAGCAUCAUCAUGGCUGCCACUUCUUAUAGAGAAGCUAACGCCAGUGGGCACCAAGUGCACUGCACCAAAGACAAAGGAAAAAAGUGUUGACACCCAAAGGCCCUGGUUGCAUUUGGCCACAUGUUUGAAGUUUGGAGAAUGACUUUUGUUUAAUUACAAUGAACAACACUUAUCAAUCUAAUGUUUCUCUGGGGCUUCUGUCAGGGACUGUUAAGGGAAGAAAAAGCCCACAGAAAGUAUUUCAAAGGGCUGGCAGCCAUCUUUUGUUUUGCUCAUUCUUCCCCAGGGACUACCCCGUAGUAGUAAAGGUACAGGGACCAUGACUCACAGGGCAGCCGCUCAUAGUUUUCCUUGACCUUUGCAUGCCAGUAUCCAGGCUGGUUGAGGAGAAGAAAGUAAUAGGCAAGGGACUUAACAGAGACUCAGCAUUACCCAGGAAACAAGGGUUAUGACUAUUAAUAGUGCAAUUUAACCCCAUAACAGAUUCAGAACCAGGAGAAAAACCACAUUCCUUCCCCCUUCCCUCUAACUCCUGUGACCCUAUUGCAUUACACUAUUUUUACGCUAAUUACCUUAACUUGUAUUUUAUUUUUCUGCUAGAAAUGGUUUUUAAAAUGUCUCCUUCCAAAUACCCUUUUUAUAUUCUCAUGUCACCUCUUUGCCCUCACAGACUGCUGUGAUUUACAAACAGAAGAUGUUAAAACACCACCAGCUGCCUUUUAAACAGACAAAACAAAAAAAAACCACACACAUACAUGCAAAUCUUUGGACUGUUCUAUGAGGUACCAUUUUUGUUUUGUUAACAUAAUGUGCCACUAUAUUAUGCAUUUGUAUCUUGCUAUUACAUUCUUUAUAGACUUACUCUUUUAUAAAUGUGUAAAUAGUUUUUCAACUGUCCUUUCUGUAAUACUUAUGGUGCCAUUUUCUUUCUUUCUUUCUUUUUCUUUUUUGGUCCAAUACAUUUUGUUCAGUAUGUGACUCUUAAUGUUUUUUGAGUCCAAGUCUGUCUUCCUUAGUAUUUUUUAAAUAAAUCAAUGUCAGCAAAAA